UCACUCACUUCCUCUUCCACAGAAUUAGACAGAGCAUCGUGCAGGAAGAGUGCAGUGCAGACAAUACUUCAGUAUACUUCAUACAGGCAGAGUAGAGAAUGAAUAGACUGCAGAGAGUAUAGAUCCGAGGUAUACGGAGAUCCUGUGUUUCCUAAAUCCUACAGGUUAUCCUAAAGUUCUGCUGAUAGAGUGUUACAGGACAGCUAAAGUGACAUAUUACAGACAGGAAGGGCAGAUAAGGAAGAAGCACAUAGGUAAAGCAUCAUAGAGUCAUCAAUAGUGUGAGGAAAUAGUGGAAUAGUGCAUAAAGUAAAGGCAGGGGGACGGAGAAGACCACUGAGGAUAAUACCGGUAAUACAAGUAGCACAUAGCUCAGAAAACAACUGAUACCAAAUCCCCUGGAUACGCUGGAGCAAAUAGCGGAGAGGAAAUAUGCACCUCUGCUGGAAUAUCGGGAUUUCCCUGCUGAUUUUUUGGAUGUCUGCUGAAUUUGGAACCCAUCAGUCUGGAUCUGUCAUGAGCACGACACGAUUCAGAAUUACAUGUCAAAGCCCCACAAACAGAACGCAGUGUAGUGAUAAUAUUUGCCCACCGAAACCUGAAAGCUGCUUGAAUACAUCAAACUGUAGCUGUAUGGAGGGAUUCCAAAAAAAUUAUGUGGGUAAUACAUUCACUUGUGAAGACAGAACGCAGUGUAGUGAUAAUAUUUGCCCACCGGAACCUGAAAGCUGCUUGAAUACAUCAAAAUGUAGCUGUACGGAGGGAUUCAAAAAAAAUUAUGGGGGUAAUACAUUCACUUGUGAAGACAUACAGGAGUGCCGCGAUGGAAGUAACAAAUGUGGCGCUUUCACAAAAUGUAGGAACCUGCGAGGCGGCUAUUUCUGUGAGUGUUUUAGUGGCACCCGAAGAGGAAAUGAAACACAAUUCUGUCCUACUGGUAAUAAAGCUGAGAAUGUGUGCACAGAUAUAGAUGAAUGCACAGAAUCACCGGGUAUCUGUGGUCCUAACAGUAACUGUACAAAUACACCACCACACUAUAAUUGUACCUGCCACACUGGGUACUGGAACAUCUCCAAUAGAUGUGAAGUGAAAUGCCAAUACCCAAACAUAUCCAAACCCUGUGAUGAUAAAUCGUUUUUGUGCGCCAUGGAAAAAUUUAAAAAUGACUUCACUCCACAGUGUGGCGAACAGAAGAGCCCCUCAGGGAUGAAGCUCUUGGACGACUUGGAUGAUCUGAUCUCUGCAUUCAACUACAGCACCAUUGAGGAAAGAUUACAGAAUGUCGGACUCCUGCUGCAGUAUGUGGAGGACACUGUACAGAACUUGGCUAUCAUACCACAGAUUAACCUACCACAGUCCAACAAGAACGUAGAUAUUAAUAUCAGAACAUUGAGGAGCACUUCAAAGAACGAGUCUCUCUUACUGCAGGGCAUCAAGAGCACCGUAACUGUGAAGUCCUCUGAGAACGCAGAUGUUAGAUUGGCGGGCUGUGUGGAGUACAGUAAUAUCGCUCACCUUCUGGAAGGGGCAAAACUUCUAGGGAACUAUUCAGAGAAACAUACAUUUCAGCUUGUCUCCCCUGUGAUCUCUGCCUUCCUUGGAACCAAUAUUCCGACUGAUCAUCCAAUCUUGCUGCACCUGAAUUACAUUAGUCAGAUAAAGAAAAAUUUCAAUGGGAUGCAUUGUGUCUUCUGGUCAGUGAGUGAGUCCGCCUGGAGCUCUGAGGGCUGUACAAAGCUGGCAGCCAAUGAAAAUGGAGUGAUCUGCAACUGCACUCACUUGACCAGUUUUGCUGUCUUAAUGGCUCUGCAUGAUUUUGAGAGUUGGACACUGACUCUCAUCACAAAGUUCGGGCUCUCCUUGUCAGUCUUAUGUCUUGCACUGUCUAUCAUCACGUUUUGCUUCUGCCGGUCUCUCCGUGGUACACGUAACACAAUCCACACACACCUGUGUAUCAGCCUCUUUUUUGGCAAUUGUAUCUUUCUGCUUGGCAUUACAGCAGUUCAAAGCAAGGUUCUGUGUGGGAUAGUCGCAGGGCUCUUGCAUGCCUGCUACCUGUCAGCCUUCUGCUGGAUGGCUCUAGAAGGACUGGAGCUUUACUUAAUGCUAGUUAAAGUAUUCAAUACCCACUUGAAAACGAGAUACCUCCUGGCAGUGGGGUAUGGAACACCGGUAGUGAUCGUCAUAAUAAGUGCUGCAGUGAACCACCAAGGAUAUGGAACCGAAACAUACUGCUGGUUGUCUCUUGAAAGGGGCUUCAUCUGGAGCUUCAUGGGACCUGUGUCUGUCAUUAUCCUGGUAACCUGUGGGAUUUUCGUACUCACUGUGUGGAAACUUGCUGAGAAAAUGGCAUCAAUCAAUCCAGAGCAAGGGAAAUUGAAAAGGAUCAGGACUCUCACAGUGACAUCUGUGGCCCAACUAUGUAUCCUCGGGUGUUCCUGGAUAUUUGGAUUCUUUAUGUUCAGCCCUUCCGCCCUGGUUCUCGUUUACAUAUUUACCAUCUUGAACACCCUCCAAGGAGUACAGAUCUUCUUACUGCACUGUCUGUUGCACAAAAAGGUUCGAGCAGACUACAUGCAGUGGUUCUGUGCAGUCGCUCAUUUCAAGUCUCCAGUAUAUUCCGAAUUCAGCAACACAAACACACAAAGCAAGGGCAAGACAACAAGCAAAGAGUCUGGUUUAUGAUGAACUGGAUACAAGCCUGAAUGUGGAUUGAAGUCACCAAGCUAGCAAUUGUUGCACUGCAUUUCUUCACUGGCCUCAAACCAGGCUUUGGGAAACUAAGCUCCUAUGCUUUGAAUAUGAGCCAGUGAAGAAUAUUGCACAUUAUUCCUACAGCAGACUCCGCUUUCGCCAUUCAGCCCUUUACACCAGGAACCAGAGUGUCAGACUGUUCGCUAAUUUACUGGUGUUCAGGAAAAAUUACAGCGACACACAAGACUUUAAACCAUAAAAAACUUUUAAUUCCGUUCCCUUCUUUACACAAAAACCCAAACUCAUUAAUAAAAAAAUCCCUGGAUAUUGUAAAAUCAAGAAACAUCCCCAUGCCGGGGUUGUGGGCAGACAAGGAGCACAGAGGAACCAAGAACAUCGGCUUGAGAGCAGGCAGCAGAGGAAUGGGGUGUUAUCGACUCUGUUCAACUGUGGAAGUGAGGGGGAAAAAGGUUAUUUCACACUGUUCAAUAUGUAAAUAUACUCAUAUAAAUGAAGCGCUUAUGCACAGAAAAAAGGUACCGGUUUAUAUAUAAAGCAAAUACACAAUUUGUAUAUCAUGCUAAUAAAUGGAUACAGAUCUGC